AUCGUAAAACUGUUUCUUUCAAAUUAAAACCUCUCACAGAGCAAAACUCUCCCUUUUAACGACAUUUAUCAAUAUCUGCGCUUUAAAAAUAGAAAGAUAAGUCACUACGCUUUGUUGAACUAAAAGGAUAUAUUUAUUGGACGAAGGAGUGAGUUUAUUACGAUGUUUUUACUAAGGGUCACAUCGUAGCUAUGAAGAUCACAGACAGCGUGUUGAGGAGUUUUAGGGUCGCUAGGACAUAUCGAUGCAAUUCAGAGAAAGUAAACUGUUUGGAUUACAGCCCAAAUGGAGAAAAUGCCAUAUCUAGCAGCAACGAUGACUGCAUUGUGUUAUAUGACAUGCAAGAGGGGAAACCCAGCAGAACUCUGUUCAGCAAGAAGUAUGGAGUGGACCUCAUCCGCUACACCUAUGGAGAUGCAAACACAGUGGUGUACACCUCCAACAAGCUGGAUGACACCAUCCGAUACCUGUCACUCACUGACAACAAGUACAUCCGAUAUUUCCCGGGUCACAGCGCACGGGUAACUGCGCUCUCCAUGUCUCCUGUGGAUGAGAUGUUCAUCUCCAGCUCCUUAGAUAAGACAAUCCGGAUCUGGGAUCUGCGCUCUCCAGACUGUCAGGGUUUGACUAAUCCGCUUGGGAGACCAAUAUGUUCCUUUGACCCUGAUGGACUCAUCUUUGCAGCGGGGGUGGAGUCCCAGGCCAUUAAGCUGUAUGACCUGCGUGCUUUUGACAAGGGCCCCUUUGCCAACUUUGAGUCUCGGUUCAACCGCGCCUGUGACUGGACCGGACUGAAGUUCAGCAACGACGGGAAGCAGAUUCUCAUCUACACAAACGGAGGCAGCAUUCGCAUCCUGAACGCCUUCAGCGGUUCUGUGCUGCACACAUUUUCAGGCUACAACAACAGUACAGGCAUGGCCCUGGAAGCCUGCUUCACUCCAGACUCACAGUUCGUCAUGAUCGGCUCAGAGGACGGGAGAGUUCAUGUCUGGAGCACAGAGAGUGGGAUGAAGGUGGCAGUGCUGGAUGGGAAGCAUCCGGGAGCCAUCAACACUCUGCAGUUCAACCCCAGAUUCAUGACGUUCGCCAGCGCCUGCACAAACAUGACAUUUUGGCUCCCGUGUGAUGAAGACGUGUAAGAGCCCGGACAUCCUCCACCUCGGCUGUAAGAACGUACUCAUGAACACGACUCUUACCUUCAGACUAAAGUCCUGACCUCAGAGAUUAUGCUGGAGAAAAAUCUUUUACCUGUAACAUUUUAUUUGAAACAUUUUGAGACGUUUGUCUCUUCCACACGUAUGAAGACGUUUGUGAAGAACUUUUGCUGACAUUUAUUUGGCUUUUUUCUACUGUCUGUACUGUGUUUUUAUGGUUUAAAUGUUUCAUAAUAAACAAU